AUGUCAUCCCCGUAUCCAGCACUCCAGCCCGACGUGAUUCCACGCGCCACGCUCAGCACGUACACCUCCAAGCAGCAAUUCAGCGACUGGCGAUCCCAGCUGCUAAUCUCUGUGCUCAAGCUCGGCGGUGUACCAUCCCACAUAGGUUUCAUUAUGGAUGGCAACCGGCGAUUCGCCCGGCAGCACAACCUAGCGAUAAAGAGUGGCCACGAGGGUGGCUUCCUGGGGCUACGGCGCGUGCUUGAAUUCUGCCUGCGUCUCCACGUACGCACUGUCUCCGUAUACGCUUUCUCCAUCGAGAAUUUCAACCGGGGGGAUGACGAGGUGGAAUACUUGAUGGGGCUCGCGAGUGAAAAGCUCGCCGAGAUCGCGCAGCACGGUGAUAUCGUGCAGCAGCAUAAUGUACGUAUAGCCGUGCUGGGCGCGACCCACCUCCUGCGCGCCGACGUGCGCGCCAAGCUGGUGGAGAUCGAGACGCGCACGCAGCACAACGACGGGGCUACGCUCAACAUAUGCAUGCCGUACACGAGCAGAGACGAGAUGUCCACCGCAAUGCUCCACAGUGGCGGGGACAGACGCGCUUUCGACGCCCACCUCAUGACGCACCACUCUCCCCCACUAGACAUCCUCGUUCGCUCCUCUGCCGUCAACCGCUUCAGCGACUUCCUCAUGUUCCAGGCUUCCCUCCACAACACCCACGUGCAAGUCGUCGAUGCGUUCUGGCCGGAUAUCGGCAUCGCUGAACUCGUCCCCGUGCUGCUCAACUGGCAGCGCAAGCGCUGGUCGGCGAGUCUGGCAGCCGGAGCAAGCUAG